UGAUGCGAAUCGCAACAAAAAAUCCUCCGUCUGUUAUAUAAAAUAAUGUAAAAUUAUCUGUCUCCAAAUGCCUGUUCUCUGGGUGCAAAAUGUUGCCUGAAAUCCUCAGCCUUACUGUGUUCGGUCUCUCUGUGUCCAGUUUAAUGCUCAUUGAUUACAUGUUGGGUAACGGAUUUGCGAAUAUCUUUCAAAGACUGUUUUGUAAAAUUGUCUGUUUUGUGAGGAGGUCGAUACGAGCUGAGGAAAAGGUUCAGUUGGCCGGGGCUGAUGAAGUUAUAAGUAUACCAUUUCUGGUCACAGAAAUUAUUUUCUUGGGACUUACAAUCAUGUUUUUGAACAAAUACAAGCAGUUACGAUGUAGAGACAGGAUUGAUGAUCUCCUGGAGGAGAGUCGGGACGCCUUGCGACAAACUAACGACUUCCUGGAAAAAUGGCGACUCAGACGGGUUCUGAAUGAGUAUUCUUACCUGGAUGAGGAACCCCAAGAUUUAAAGCCUUUUAAGGUAGAAGUUCCAAUACUUCACAUGGCCAUUGUUGAUACCCUCGGAACAUCCAGAAGCCAACCAGAGAGAGGCGAUGCAGGCGACAGCAUGAAUAUAACUGAUUCGACAUUACUAUCUAUGACGUCACUGCUGGAUGAUGAAUAUAACUCGACAACAGAAGUAUCGAGCGAGGGAAGAAUCGAUGAAUUAGUCGCGAAUAAAUCUAGUGUGGAGUUCAGGAACCGGUAUUUGUGGGAUGUUGUUGAAGAAGACGUUCGAAAUUUGGAUGAAAAUUGAUUGUUUUGACAUGCAGGGAUCGAAGGCAAUUAAUGCUCUGAAGAACAUGCAAGAAUUGGUGCUAAAAGAACUCAAUUUGGCCCUAAACCCUUCGGUGGUGUCCCAAGGAGUCAUGUUAACCCAACCCUUGUUACAUCAUGUUCACAAGAGUGUAAUAAACUCUGGACUAACACUCCGGGCUUAGCCCAUCCCAAGACCCUAAUCCAAGUCUUCAAGAAAAAGGGUGCGCAUGAAGCACUCAACCCUAGUAGAGAAAUGGCAAGCUGUUACCAAGAAAUCACCAAUACUUCAAAUUCAAAUUUCUUUAUUGAUACCAAAAGUUAUGUUACAUGACAUAAUUGGUUGG